GAAGCUUCCACUCUUCAAAUGGCAUCUUUCUCUUAUUUCCAACACUACCCUCAUUCUCUUCUUGAUCCUCUUCUCUUCUCCACACCCAUCGACCAGAACCCUCUCUAUCCACCACAAAACACUUCUACAACCGUAGAUAACUACUUGAACCCAUUUCCUGAUUCAUAUAAUGUUGAGAAAACCGAAAGCUCUGAAGUUAAGGAACAGAUCAACACUAAUGCAACCACAGCAAUCACAGGCGACCAGCUCAGCCACGGACAAUCCACUACGUCCGCAGGAAAAAAAGAUCGGAGGAAGACCAGAAAUGGGUCUAAACCCAAGGAAGGAGUAGGGGAAAAAAACAGCAAAAAACCAAGAAAUGGUAGCUCAAGAGACGUCAAAGAGAAGAGAGGGAGCGAACAAGAAUCUCCCAAAGAUUACAUUCACGUUAGAGCUAGAAGAGGCCAAGCUACUGAUAGCCACAGCCUGGCCGAGAGGGCGAGAAGGGAAAAGAUAAGUGAACGGAUGAGGACUCUCCAAAACCUUGUCCCAGGAUGUGAUAAGGUAACAGGGAAGGCCCUUAUGUUGGAUGAGAUUAUAAACUAUGUUCAGUCCUUGCAGAAUCAAGUUGAGUUUCUCUCGAUGAAGCUAGCUUCCAUGAGUCCAAUGGUCUAUGACUUCGGUUCGGACCUUGAUGGCAUCAUAGUUAGACCUGAGAUUGGAUCUGCAAACGUUGGAACGUCUUUUGCUAAUGCAAUGCCAACAACUACUACUAACUUUUCUUCACUGUUGGAUAAUUCUAUAAUACCCGCACAGGCACCUCUUCAGGAAGAUGGAGGUGAAAGGGAGAAGUUUGUAGACAGAAGUGGGUUCAACAACAACAGCUUUUGUUCCUUCUCUUAAUUAAUCACUUGUCGAUACAGACACAAAAGCCUGCUUACGUUGAUUUCAUAUCCUCAGAUAUGCAGGGAGGGGAUAAAAUCUACGGAAACCAGUGCUGGUUUAAUUAUUCCUUUUCGAGGGUUUAAAGAAAAUAAAUAAAAACCACAUUUUCAUAGAUUUUUAACAUCAUUAUCUGCAUGCAUGCUCAUACCAUACAUUCAUCGCCAUAAUCAUCAACAGCGUCAUUAUCAUCAUCAUCAGAUGAUAGAGAUGGUCAUCUGAGUAAAGGGCAGAGGCAAUUCGGUGGAGGAAAUAGAGACAUAUAAAACAAGACCGCUCAGCUUUAUUAGAGUGUUUUAAUAUAUGAUUUAAAUUUGAAUACUUUGGAUUAUUCACUUAUUAAGUAUAUCCCUUGAUUAGUUCUUGUAAUUUAACUGAUUUGUGUAAGAUUUCUUGCACAAAUGUGUUAUGUAUUUAUCCAUUCAUUUUUAUGUAAACUGGUAUCCAGACACUCAUGUUAUAUUUCUUAAACAUAAAUAUAAAUAUGCGGGUGAAAGGACCCUUACAUAUAAAUAAUAAGAUUCGUUUU